AGCUACGUUACUUCCGAGAGUCGCGUUGGCGUUUUCUAAAUACAGACAGUUCGAUGAAAACAGUCCAGGUCAGAAGAUGUGGCGACUGUAACUGAAUCUGGAGACAGACACACGGAUUGGACAUGCCCAGGUUGUUCUACCAUGGACACAGACAUGAUACCAACGUUCACUUCAAAAGACCAGGAGAUCGACUACUGGAAGGCCUUGUCCCUCAAGUAUAAGAGCAGUUACCAUGAGGCCCAGGAGGAAUUGCUGGAGUUCCAGGAAGGGAGCAGAGAGCUGGAGGCAGAGUUAGAGGCCCAGCUAGGACAGGCUGAACACCGCCUCAGAGACCUGCACACAGAGAACCAAAGACUGAAGAGCGAGUUGGACAACCUCAAGGAGAAGUUGGAGCAGCAGUAUGCUCAGAGCUAUAAGCAGGUCUCCAUGUUAGAGGAUGACCUGGGACAGACCAGAGGAAUCAAGGAACAGCUUCAUAAAUACGUCAGAGAACUGGAGCAGGCCAACGAUGACCUGGAGAGAGCCAAGAGGGCGACCAUCGUAUCUCUGGAGGACUUUGAGGGUCGUCUGAACCAGGCCAUAGAGAGGAAUGCCUUCCUGGAGAGUGAGCUGGAUGAGAAGGAGUCUCUACUGGAGUCAGUUCAGAGACUGAAGGAUGAAGCCAGAGACCUGAGACAGGAGAUGGUGGUGAGGGAGAGGACUGCAGACAGGAUGUCAGCCCCCAGCUCCCCUACCCUGGACAUGGACAAGAUGGACUCUGCUGUCCAGGCCUCCCUGUCCCUGCCUGUCACCCCUGUAGGGAAGGGCAUGGAGCACCCGUUCAUCAACCCUAAAUCAUCAGUGUUAACAAAUGGCUCUGGGCCUGGCGGCUCACCUCUGACCCCAUCAGCAAGAAUCUCUGCUCUUAAUAUCGUUGGGGACCUUCUUAGAAAAGUGGGGGCGCUGGAGUCCAAGCUAGCUGCAUGUAGGAACUUUGCCAAGGACCAGGCGGUGAGGAAAACCUACUCCACGUCGUCCAGCAACAUGAUCACUGGGAACGGAAACCUCCUCAACAGCAACGCCACCAAGUUCUCCCACUCACUACACACCACCUACUACGCCAAAACGGCUGUGAAUGGACUGGACCCCAGCACCCUGACUGCCCUGGCAUCGCCCCGGACUGUCUCCCCUCCUGGCAUGCUGCCUCUCACCGUUUAGCAUGGCCCCAACCUCUGUACAAGCUCCCCGCAGAACAAGGGUACCCCUCAUCCUUCACCCCAACCUCACCCCCUCCGUCACCCCAAAUCUCUGUACAACUCCUGUACACCCCGCAGAACACUGAGAGGAGAGAACACUUGAAGAACCGUUACUGUGUGUGUGUGUGUGUGUGUGUAGGAGAGACACUUGACUGAAUGAUUGAAAAGGUCUCACUCACCUAUGAGUGGGGUUGGAUGCUGAGUGUGUUUGUGUGUAUUUAACAUACAGGCACAUGCCUCUGCCUGAGCUGUUCUUUGCUCAUGUGGAUGAUGUGUUGGUGACCUCUGUGCUCUGGAGUGUCUCCAUUUUGGCUCCAUCAGUUUAUCAGUUUCACUCUAUAACAGCAACUGUACCUGACAAAGGUCCCCAACGGACUGCAGCUUCCUUCCUCUUAACCUUUUAUUUUCUUCUCUGAAUGAAUUGCACAAUUACAAAUAAUGUAUAUUUACAGUGUUGUAUUUAAAAAUGAAAAGGGACUUUUUGCAAAGUUAGGUGAUUUCAUCAUUACUGUAUGUAUGCUUUAAGAUGCAAUAUUUCCUGUUUGUUUGUGUUUAUGUUAUGGGGUCAGAUGGAGUUGAUGACCCUUAACCCCCAUGUCCAGAAGAAUGACUGAAUUCACUUUUAUUGUGUUCAGGCUGUGAUCAGAACCAUGUUCUCUUAUUGGGCUGCAUCUCAAUAGUCCAGUUAAUAGCCUCAUCUCCUCAUCUCAAUAGCACAGUUAGUCUUGGAGAGAAUGAGAAAACAGGACCGGUAAAAGCAAUAUGGAUGAUCUAUCUCUACCCGAAAUGAGCUUUCACCUGUAAUUUCCUUCCCAUCAGUGCAGAGGAGGGAAAGGAGAGAAGACGAGGAAACCACUUUAUACUAUUGAGAUGCACCCCCACAGUCCCUAUUGUCCUGGGUGUGGGCUGACCAGACAGAACAGACCGGUCAGCUGGUGGACCAUCUGUAGUCUGGUAGGGAGGGAGGGACCUCCCUGUUAAAUAGCCUGGAAACAUCGGCUGCUGUCCUCUUCAUUAAUGAAGUUAGGUCCGCUUCACCACAGACUACCGUUCUAAUGGCACCCUAUUCACUAUCUAGUGCACUCCUUUUGACCAGGGACCAUGGUGCGCUGGUCUAAAGUAAUGCACUACAUAGGAAUAGUGUCAUUUUGGACUCAGUCCUUCUUUAUAUAAGCCUUGGAUGGAUGGCCGGUGAUGUUCAGGGAAAGACUAAGUCCUUACUACUUUAUAUAAGCCUUGGAUGGAUGACCGUGUAUUUACAUGAGGUUGGUAUCGUGUUAUAUUAAAUUAAUCCUCUUUCCCUGAUGCGUAACUAGUAUCAGACAAAACUGUUGCUUAUAGAAACAAACAAGUCAACCCUGAGCACAGCAGUGUGUCAGACAACUUAUUCACAUUGAGAGAGAUAUAUAUAUAUAUACUGUACUGUAUACUGAGAUGUGUGUAUAUAUACUGUACUGUGCACCUGUUGGUGGUUGAAUCUCAGCUAACACCCUGUCUACCAUAACCUGCAGCAACAAUAACCCAGCAGUCCAACCAUCUAACAGGUAGGGUGAAGUUGCCUUAGAUGCUGACCCUGGGUCCGUUUUUUCCUUUACCCCACUAAUGGUUAAGUUUAGGAUUGGGGAGGGGAAGCUGAUCCUAGAUCUGUACUUGGGGGAAACCUCACCCUAGAGCUACCUAACAGUGGGUCACGCUCAUCCCUUUUUCUAGACUAGAUCCUAGCCUGGUUAAACCAGACUUAAUGUUGUGUUCACCAUGAGGGGAGUGCUCAGUCUAGUUUUAAUCGGGCUAAAAAUGCUCAUCUUUGACUAAUAUGCAAAUUGUUAUUGGUGACCAUUUUGUCACGUUGGCUCCUGUCCUGUCGAUGAAACGUUUGUAAUAGAGAACCUCAUAGAGAACUGACAUGCCUCUUCCUGGUUUCUGUCGUUGAUAUUCACUUGUGAUGUAUUUUCCAUCCCCCAUUCUGUCUUAUCUCCAUCUGGGGUUAAUAGUGCUCCCUCCUAUCACAGCCUUAAAUGAAAAGCCUUAAGGACAGUUUCCCAGACACAGAUUAAAGCUGCAAUAAAUAGCUUUUUGGGUGCCCUGACCAAAUUUAAAUAGAAAUAUUAUAGAUCUGUUAUUUCCAUUGAAAGCAAGUCUAAGAAGGUGAUAGAUCUGUUAUAUUUCUAUGCUUCUGCUUUUUAUAGUUUUGUUUUUUGGUUCUUUUACUUUGGAUUUUGUACACCAGCUUCAAAUCAGCUGAAAAUACAAUGUUUUUGGUUAUGGAAAAUAUAUUUCACAGCGGUUUAGAUGCUACAAUGAUUCUCUACACUAUACUUGCUUGUUUUCUCACAAUUUGAAAUUCGAAUUCAAGCAACCAGGAAAUGGCGGUGUGAUAUCUGCAUAGUGCAUCUUUUAAGCCUAGUCUUGGAUUUAACACUUUCAAUGGAGAUUCUCCAUUCAGAAUGAUUUAGAAUCCAGCACUAGGCUUAAUCUGUGUCUGGGGAAACUGGUCCUAAAACUAUUCUAGAACUAUCAUUUUGGAGUGCUUGCUUACUCCCAUGGUCUAUGAUGUCACCCACCUCUACCAUGUCACUCUGUCAGCCUGUUGCUGUGUCCCCAUAUAUACAGGUUUGGAACUAAGCAUUGUAACUCUGCCUAACAACACAUUUGUACAUACCAACGUUUGUCAUUAUUACAGUUCUAUUUAUUUCAGAUGUCUUUAUGGCAUGUUUAAAAUGAAGAACCUGAGUUUUACUAUUGUACAUCAGUCCAAGAUCACAUAUGAUGAUGUACAAUUGGUUGUCCAGUCUGUUCGAUAAAACAAAAUAAAGAUAUUGAAAAAUAA